AUGAAUUCUCCAUGGCCGAGUUUUAAUGAGGAUGUGGGAGACAGCCGCUCGCUGGGCAACGUUCGGGCCCUUGAAUGGAAGCACUUGAAGGAAUGGUGUCGGACGCUGCAAAUGGAAAGCUGCGUGUGGCAUUACAUGAGGCGUUGGGCCACCACCACGCUGGCUCACUUCAUCAUGGUCAUUGAAUUUCUGAUGUUCGCUCACAUUACUCUGCUACUGAGCCUGGUCAAGAAUGUAUACUUUUAUGAACUGGUUCCGUACCUGCUGGUUAUGAUUCUGAUGCCACUGGUAAUGAUGGUUUGCCUGAAGGAUAGCCAGAGACAUUACUUCGCCUGCAACAUGAUAGCCAGCUGGGUGAUGGCUUUUCUGCUAACGAUUAUGGACAGCUUUGUAUCAAUUUCUCAUGGCGGCAACGUUGCGCUGAUGCCCAGCUACGAUCACAUUGUCCUGGCUGCUGUUUACUUGUAUCUGCCAGUUGCAUUCAUGGAUCGAGGCAGACCGUAUAUCCUGGGCCUGGCCGUUUCCCUCGUGUACUUUUGUUGCGCGUGCUGGCGGCUGACGGCCAACAAAGCUCAGUUCUACCCUCCACUCGUGUGCUAUGCGUUGUAUCUCUUCUACCAGAAUCUCGUCAUGGCCUUCUUUUUCACGCUGCGAGUGUUCGGUGUGCGACGCUUAAUUCUCAAUCGCCAUCAGUUGGUCUACGAAAACAUUGUGCUUAAGGUGUUGAUAAAGAACGAGAAGGCCCUGCUGGAGUCGAUUAUGCCAGCCAAGGUGGACCAAACGCUGCAGGAGGACAUUCGCACGCGCAUUGAGGAUGAGCAACAGGGUAAAAAGAUACCCAAAUUGCGCAAACUCUUCGUGGAACCCCAUCCGGCUGUGUCCAUACUGGUCGCCGACAUGGUAAACUACACAAACCUGACCAACACCUUGGGUGCGCGGAGUCUGGUCGAGAUUCUGCACGAGUUGUUCGUCAACUAUGAUCGGGCAACCAAGCGGAAUGACGCGCAGCGCAUCAAGCUCCUCGGGAAUGCCUACAUUUGUGUCUCCGGCAUUCCCAUGUACAAUCCCGACCACGCCUGCUGCUGCGUGGACCUGGCGCUCGACAUGAUCAGCAUAACCCAACAGGUACGCGAGCAAUGGAUGCUGAACAUCGACCUGCGCGUCGGUGUGCACUCGGGGGAGGUGUUCGCUGGCGUUAUUGGCCACAUGAAGUGGCAGUACGACAUCUGGUCAAAGGACGUGGAUAUCACCAACCGUCUGGAAAUGUGGGGGGAGCCGGGCAUGGUGCACAUCUCCAAUCACACUCUCAGCCUGCUGAACGACGAAUAUCUCUACGAGGAAGGCACCGACAGUGCCAGGAACGACCCCGUGCUGCAGAAGGCAGAGAUCUCCACGUACUUGGUCAGUGGUCGUCAUCCCGAUUUUAUGGAGCCCUGCUUCGGUCUGGACUCGAAUAUUCGUGGUGUCUCCCUAGCCUCGUACCGCACGAGCUUCAGCAAUAUCUACGAGGAGGUGGCGAAGAAGACAAAGAAGAAUAUGGAGAACGAAGUGAAGCACAUGCCAGUCGGACAGUGAGCA